GGAUUGUAUUAUGAAUGAUGAUAAGCGGAUAGUUCCUUGGGUUGAUGCUAGUGAAUUCAGUGACGUUGCUAGGAAUGUAUCUUCAUGCGAGACAUAUAAACUUCGUCUAGCCUGGGAGACCAUAAAAAUAUGGUUGUGUCGUAUGCCUGUAUCCAAAAUACCACGGUCUAUAAUUUGCACUUAUGAACUUCUAAAUGCUUACUUUGAAAAUUCAAGCCAAAGUAUGGCACUGGCCCUCAUGAGGUUUGUCUCGUUGCUAUCUAGUGAGUCCCAAGACCGCGAGAGACCGAAUUUUGCACUGCCCAUUUUGUCUCUUGCUCGUGUAGCAGGCUUACCCAGCUGGCUGGCUGAUCUGCGCAAUGACAUAGCACAUGGAAUAAUACCGUCAACGGACACACUAGAAAGCGCUUUUCGCUGGUCACUAAAAUAUCUGAGUGAAUUUUGGGCGUCCAACGUAAACUAUAACGAAGAACAGUUUAUCGAAGUAGAUGGGUUGUUGAAGUGUCAAAGUUUGGCUUUAACUAAAUAUGUCGAAAAUUUACUGCAAGAAGAAAAGACAACUCAACUUGAUGUAAAGGAAGUGUUCAGGAACCGUUCAACAUAUGCUUGCUUUCCGUUGAUAGUAAAUACAAUAUGUAGUUAUGGCUGUGCUAUGUUUGUUGGCGGAAGUCCUCCAUGCAACAUUGUUCAGAACCAGGCUAUCAAACUAAAGCCUCUCUUUAGCACGAUGCUAUAUCACAAGCUUGUUGGUGAGCUUGUUUUACAGUUCAUUCUAGGGUUGAGAGAUGAUCACUCCGUAGACGACGACAUUCGACUAGAAUGGUGCAUUGCCUGGAUUAAGGCAAUCAAAUGUCGUGGGUCUAAAAAAUCGAUCCUGCGUGACUACGUAGAUGGCUUGUCAUUAGACUGGAGAAAAGCACUUAAUCAUAUUUUGAAACACAUGUGUAAUAAGUAUCGUGAUUUAUUCAUGGAAUUGUUGAUUAUUCGGGAUCCACCGAUACCGCAAGACAAGUUUGAAGUGAUCAUGAGCCAUAUAGAUGUGUUUUGCGGCUUCGAUGUACCUAACACUCAUGAGCUUCAGACACAAGUGCGCCGGGAACAUCGCUGGGAGCUUGCUGACUCUUUGUUAUGGGCAGAGAAGCCGCUUGGAGCAAUAAUUCGUUCAUCCUGCCAUGCCUCGACAAGUAGACAACAUAAAGGAGUUCCUACAUAUGACACAAAGGGCAGACGCGAAGUGUGA